GCUAUACAUUUUAUUUUUCUUGGACCUGGCAACCCUGAGUAGAUAGGACUUUGAUCUUGCAUGGCUAAUAUAACUGCCCAGAAGUGUUGCAAACAUGCCUAGUGGCAUGAUUUUGGUAGUUGCACUUUUUUAAUCUUCAGUGCCAGACAUAACCGUAUAAUAAAUACAAACAUGUAAGUGAUUUGACUGAGAUAUUGUUUAUUUUUUUUGUAAGUUCCUUGUGUGUAGAAAAAAAUAUACAUUGUAAUGCAUUGUAGUCACUUUAGAUAAAAAUGUCUACCUAAUGCAUAAAUUAAAAUGAUGACAUACUAACAUAACUGCAGUCUGUGCAAAAAGGCUGUUUUACAAUUUUUUUGCAUCAAGGGUCACACCAACAAAUUCAGGAAGAAGGCUGAUCAAGAAUCAGUAUAAAUACGUCACAUCUACUGCUUCUUUUGCGCUUCACCAACAGCUUUCACACAGACACCAUGUUUGCUGUAUCUGCGAGUAGCGUUGUUUUGCUCUUUCUGCUUCAUCACACAACACUGAACACUGUGGAUGGACAGAUCAUUGACAGUAAUACUCUUGCCCGCAUUAUUGCCUUCUUUGAACAGACCUAUAAGAGAUUCGAUGAGAAUAAAACUGAACGUCAGUAUGCCAUAGCCAUCAAUGUACCAAUGAAUCAGUGUGAAGCUGGAUUCAAGCCUUCAACGGAAAACUUCCUAACUAAGGAGAUUCCGGAAGAUGUGAAAAAUAGCUUUAAUAUUGAAGAAUAUCCAGUUUACCAAGGUGAGCAGCUGAUAGCUGCAGGAGUUAUAUGGAGGAAGAGAUACACUAUGCACUCUGAGCGUCUCCUGCUUAAUCCUACUCCAGAAAGACCCACGACACCCAUGCAAAACCUUUUAAACAAAAGACAAAAUUACAGCUGCACAGUUUUCUUCACACUUGACUCUCCAUGUUCAACCGUCUGUCUUGAUAAGAAUAACCCGUAUAACAUUCUUAAUGGCCUCAAAACCUGGAGUCAGCAUCGUGGCAUUAAAGUAUUUGUCUUUAAAAACUUCUGGGAUAAAGAUUUGAACCAAACAAGAGAAGUACUUGAAGGAAGAUAUAGGGAGAUUAUAAACAAUGUUCCUCUGUAUCGCUGUGAGAAUGAGAAUGAGUGUCAUGCCUGUGGCGGACAAAAUAAUGCUCCCAUUAAUGAGCACUGUCUUCCCAGCCCAAAAUGUACAUUUUCUUAAAAUUGCUAAAUAAUUUGCAAUCUCAGAUUGCACAUGAUUGAUUUAAGUUUUCUUAAAAUGAUUUUUCUUAACAAAAAAAAAAUGUUGGAUCUGAUCUUCAUAAUUUAAUUAUGUAAACCAGUUCAACAUAAUUGAAUCAAGUUUUCUUAAAAUAAAAUACAUUUCAAUUAAUGUUAGUUUUCAUUUUAAGAAAAUCGAAUUUAAUUAAGUGCAAUCAAUGUCCAGAAGGUUUUUUUUCAGUGUAUUAGCUGAGGCAUUUCAUUUUUAUCCAGAUUAAAGAGUCUGUAAGAAAAUUAUUGUUAUGCUUGCAUUACAACUUGAAAAUACGAAUGUCAAAAAUGAUUAAAAAAGUGUGUUUGUGUGUGUUUUACACCUUUUGUAUUUCUCUGUACUUCUCUGUUUUCACAAGCUGUUUUGAUACAAUCCAAAAUUGUAAAAGCGCUAUAGAAAUAAAUUUGCAUUGAAUAUGAAUCACGACUGCACCAAAGACUUUUUUUAUUUACAGCAAGUAUAGGUGGGUGAUUCUCACGAAAACUUGGUUUUAAAAAUGUCAAGCAUGAAAAUGUAAAAAUUGCUUAAAUUUACUUUUUUUCCCACCAGACAUUGAAAAACAAAGUCUGGAGUAAAUGGGAACAUUAAUUUAAAAACUUUUACUUAUCAUUUAACACUUUCUGUAACAUAAUUUAAAAAAUUAGUCCUAAAAAAUCUCAUUACCGCAACAGUCAGAAAACAUCAACACUGACAUAUUUUCAAAAUGACAUGACAAACCUGAAAGAACAUAAUUUGGAGAUUCUGCACAUGCAUUUAAAAUCAAAGUAUUAUGCUUCUAUUAAUUUAAUUAACAUUUAAUAAGCAUCUGUUGCGGUAAUGAUAAUCAAAAUGUCGUGUAAGCAUUCUGACAAGACAAUAUUUCAAAUUAACUGUAAAAAAAUGAUCUUACCUGGUAGGCAUCUUGAAGUAACUGGUCCAUGUGCUUGGUCACUCACAAUCAAACUUUAUUAAAAUUCUGUAUGUGUGCUUAAACUGUUCUCAAAAAGUGUUGCGGAGGAUGAGAACAUCAGGCAUGGACACAUCAUUUUCCUAAUUUUUCUUCAUUAUUAUUAUUAUACAUGAAUAUUCAGUAAAUAUUUUUUCUGUCAUCUAAAGUAGUCUAGCAAAACAUUCAUUUAUUUUUUUCUUAAUAUUUUUGUGUUCAUUUGAUUAAAUUACAACAUAACGCAUGUUCAAACACAGCCGGACACAUUGCGGUAAUGAGAAUUUCAGCAGAAAAUGAGAUAAAAAUGUACAAUUAUAAAUUCUUAUGUUGAAAUCACACAUUGUGCAAGGUAGAAGACAGUAUUGUGUUAAUUCUGAUGCUUUUUAAUGUUACUAUAUUACACAUUUUAAAGCUAAAAUCAUUAGUGCCGUGGUGUUUCAAUGGUUUCGUGAGAAUCACCCAGGUGCUUGACUCACCCUAACCCAGUACGGCAAAAUAUC